UGUGUGUGUGUGUGUGUGUGUGUGUGUGUGUGUGAGAUUGCGUUAACCUGGGGUACCAAGGCUUUGCACUGGCUGAACUGCAGCCAUGGAUGUGGCCCUGGUAGACUUUGAGAGCCUAGAUGAUCUUGAUGGCAGCUUUGAGGAUGAGGUGGACUCCUACGCUGAUGAAACCACAGCUCUCACAGUGGACUUGCCUCCAGAGCACAGCAGCCCAGGCAGCAACUACCUUAUGCGAGCCUCUCAGAUUUCCUCUACACCCGUCCCCUCCUGCAUUUGGGAAUCCACCUCUUCUAUACCCAUUCCACACACACAGACACUAGGAGUACCCCAGUCCCCAAAGAUGCCAAUUCCUAGCAGACAAGGGUACAGUAGCUGCGCCAGUAUGAUCUCAAACUGGAAAUUGCUGCUAAAUAGUGAGGGCACUAAGGAGAGUGAGACGAUCUUUCGCCGGCUUGCAAAAGAUUGCUGCGAGGAUCUGUUUACGGAUAAAAAAGGGCUGGAUGACGGAGACCAGAAAGUAAUCAUCAACAUCGCCGGUCUUCGUUUUGAGACACAGCUCAAAACUUUGGACCAGUUUCCUGAGACGCUGCUAGGUGAUCCUUUAAAGAGGAUGUACUACUUUGAUCCAAUGAGGAACGAGUACUUCUUUGAUCGGAACCGACCAAGCUUUGACGGCAUCUUGUAUUAUUACCAGUCAGGGGGUAAGAUCAGACGUCCGGCUAACGUUCCCCUGGAUGUGUUUGCAGAUGAAAUUGUGUUCUACGAGCUUGGAAUCGAGGCCAUGGAGCAGUUCAGAGAAGAUGAAGGAUUCAUAAAGGAUGUUGAGAUCCCUCUACCUAAUAAUGAUGUGUACAGGCAAUUCUGGUUGCUGUUUGAGUACCCAGAGAGCUCAAAUGCAGCCCGAGGUGUAGCACUAGUGUCGGUUUUUGUUAUUGUCAUAUCUAUCAUUAUUUUUUGCAUGGAAACGCUGCCAGAAUUCAGAGAUGACUCUGACCCAAUUGUGCACACAGCAUUUCUGCCUUUCAACCAAUCUAGAUUUCACAGUUCUGUGGCUCCAUCUGGUGCAAAGCCCACAACUUUCUCCGAUCCUUUCUUCAUCAUUGAGUCUGCCUGCAUUGCGUGGUUCUUCUUUGAGCUGUGUGUGAGAUUUGUGGUCUGUCCUAGCAAAAGGGAAUUUUUCAACAACAUCAUGAACAUCAUUGACAUUGUAUCCAUAAUCCCUUAUUUUGUUACCGUGAUUACAGAAUUGAUCUCAACGCCACAAGAGAGCUCAGGUCAGAACAUGUCUUUGGCCAUUCUGCGUAUCAUCCGUCUGGUCAGGGUGUUUCGUAUAUUCAAACUCUCACGUCACUCCAAGGGGCUGCAGAUCCUGGGACAGACUCUGAAGGCCAGCAUGCGUGAGCUUGGCUUGUUAAUCUUCUUCCUCUUCAUCGGAGUCAUACUCUUCUCCAGUGCUAUCUACUUUGCUGAGGUAGAUGAGCCGAACACCCAGUUCGUUAGCAUACCUGAUGGCUUCUGGUGGGCUGUGGUUACCAUGACAACUGUAGGCUACGGGGACAUGUGUCCCAUUACCACGGGGGGAAAAAUGGUCGGCACCUUGUGUGCCAUCGCAGGUGUGCUGACCAUUGCUUUGCCUGUUCCCGUCAUUGUUUCCAACUUCAACUACUUCUACCACAGAGAGACGGAAGCAGAGGACAAGGUGCCCCUGGCAGAUGCUGUUGAGCAAGCCAUGAAGGCUGUUACAGAUACCAAAGAGGGCAGCAACACCUCACUCAAUAAAGCCAACGGCAUCUGACAGACCGACAAAGGGAAAUAACUGAACACAAUUUAGAGUUAGAGACUAAGGAAUAUUCAAGAGAAAUGAGAAUAUAGAGGAAAUGAACUGAUGAAAUGAUUUCCCUCAAAUAAGGGUCUAAUAGGAUCAAUGAUAUAAAAUAUUUGUACUUUGUAAAAUAAAAAGGUUUUACAAGGAUAUCCAGAAUGUACUGUACUUACCUCUUUUCUGUCUAAUUUGAAAAUGACACUUUGAAAACAACAGACAAGCUGUCAAAUUCAGCUAUGUUCAUGUUCAGGGUUGUAUGUCAACAUAGGUUUAGGACUCUUCUUUAGUUGCAUAGAAACAUAAUGUUUUUAUUUAUUAUUUUGGUCUUAUUUUCAAUGUCUUGGCCAUUAAUCCUUUUGCUUAUAACAGUUUGCACAUCAUCACUGAUAUUUGUGGUGAAAUUGACUUUUAUCACAACUAUAAAAUAGUGUCUUAUUGGUUCAAAACAGUCAAACUUAAUGAAAGGUAAAGAAUGCUGGAAUAGCUAAUACAUUAUCUGAUUAUGAUGAUUUACAGGUUAAGGAAGUGUGAGCAACAGGUCAUGUUACACCAUAAAAGACGUUUAUGUUGGAAAAUUUGGUCAAUGCCUUUUUGUGAACUUCAGAAUAACUGUGUGAAAUUGUAACUGAUCCGAUUGAUGGCCAAUCCUACACAAAUAAGACCAAGAUUGUAAAAAUAACAUUAACAAAACAACACAAUGUUCCUGUAGGUGUCUUGAAUGAGUAACUUGUGUAUAGUUGUAGUUUACUGUAUGUCCCUUCUGUAUUUAUUUAUUUAAAACUUAAUAGCUAUUGUAUUUAUUCAUCCUCUUUGAUGAGUAGCGUGGAUAACAAUACUCCACUAAUGUUAGCAGAUGAACUGACUCCACACUAUGUAUUAUAAUGGGGUGCCUUAAUUGAUUUUAGCAUAUUGUUGACUUUGCCAUACAUAAUCUCAGUGUAAAAUAUAUGUUUGUCAUGCAUAUAUGCUCAGUAUUUUUGCUGGUUUAGCUUGAUUGAAAAUGUAGACGUUGCAACCUCUCUCCAUUCUAGCAUUUGUUUGUAAGAGUUAUUUUCCACAAUGCUGUCCAACAUAGAAAUGCAUCCUGACCAUAAAUACAAUUUAACAUAUCCAAAGUGGAUCCCAUCUGUUUUACUCUCCUUAUAAACAUCAUUAUUUUUGUCAAUUAGUGUAAAUCGUAUUAAGGAAGUAUGCCUUUCAGUGAGACCAUGAAAAACACUAAAAUUGAUAGCGAGAAUUAAGAAGCCAAAGAUAGUUGCUGAAUAAAGGGAACUGUUAUGAGGAAGGGGGACAUUACAAGCCACAAUGUCCCAUGAUCCGUCUUGUUUUGGAGGAGAAAGUGUCAAUUAUGCUGCAUCGGUGUAAUGUUCUGGUGGUUUGUUUCAUGAGUAUUUCUUUUAUAACACAUUUUCCUAUAAUAAUAGAAUUUUUGGAAAAGGAGAAAAGCGUCUGAUUGGGCUUAAGGAAUAAGAUGUAAUCUCGAAAUCACAGACCUGUGUAAUGUCUGAAUUUCUAGUUGAGCAUGUGAUCAAAGAUUAUAUGUACUGUAUGUGUAUGUGUUUUCUGUCUGUAUUACAAUUGGCUUAAUGCUGAUGAUGAUAUAUUUUUAAGAUAGUCCCUUGUCUGUAAAGUCACUGUUGUUCGAAAAGUUCAGAGGCCUCAGGCCUGUGUUGUCAUGGCUGCAAGUUUAUUACAACAACAAGACCAUUACACUGUAUUUGUAUUUGUAUACAUGAUAACAUUUCAGUAUACAGUUUACUAUGAUGUAUGCAAUAUAUUCUUGGAUUUUAAAUCAUGUCCUCUCCUGUUUAAUGUGCGCUCAUGUGUUUAUAGAAAGGUGUAUGUUUUUGUGCACGUGUGUGUUUGUGAGAGACCGAGAGGCAGUUAGCGCUCUUUUAUUUUCUUCUUAUCUCCAUCGGUGUUCCCCAUUUCGUCAUUGCUUUCAGUGGCCUGUCUCUGCUUUUACUGUAAUGUUAGUACACACACACACACACACACACACACACACACACACACACACAAAGUAUCGUUGGAAGUCAGCCAAGCAACAAUAGGAUGCCAGUCUUCGGUUGACAUGGAGUAGUUCUCUAGCUAUUGAUGCCUGUUAGCUUCACCCGAUACCCUUCUCUCUGGACUCACCUCAACACCUCGUCUCAGGCCGACAAAUUCUCCUAAGCUAAAUGUAUACAUUUGGUAAAUACUUAUUGGUAAUACUUAUUACCUAUGUUUCAGAUAAAACAAUAUCUAGCAGUCACCAACAGGAUCCUAAAAGAAGCACUUGCUUCCUUCAAGGGUGAUGCAGAGUAAAAUGCAACAGACUCCUUAUGUUGUAAAACACUGUCGGAUUUUUUAUUACCAAAUUACA